AUGUCAUCGAUCGAUUUUACACUAUUUGCACCUACCAUUGCUGAAGCUACUUUAAUCGGUUCAUUUUCUCAAUGGAAACAGAUUCCUAUGUCUUUUGAACACGGAACAUUUCAUUGUUCAAUAGAAAUUUCUAAUGGUGAACAUGAAUAUAAAUUUCGUAUUCGACAUCAUAAUGAAGAUAAAUGGAUAGAUGUUGUUGAUCCCUAUGUUACUAAAUAUAAUUCAAUAAAAAAUACAGGUAUAAUAACUAUAAAAAAUGGAAAAAAAAUCUUAGAUGAAUAUGUAUGGAAAUAUGAUGAUGUUAAAUUAUUAGAUAAUAAAGAUUUAAUUAUAUAUGAAAUGUAUAUUGCUGAUUUUGCUGAUAAUGGACAAUUUUCUGGAGUUAUUGAAAAAUUAGAUUAUAUUAAUGAUUUAGGUUUUAAUGCUAUUGAAUUAUUACCAAUUCAAGAAUCAAUGGGUAUAAAUCAUGAGUGGGGUUAUUUGCCAAGACAUUUUCUUGCAUUAAAAACCACUUAUGGUCCAAGUACAGAUUUUAAAAAACUUAUUGAUGAAUGUCAUCGACGAAAAAUUCGAGUUAUUAUUGAUGCAGUAUUUAAUCAUACGGCUACAGAUUGUCCUCUAGCAAUAAUUGAUCAUGAUUAUUGGUAUUACAAAGGAAAACAUCAUCCAGAACAUCCAUUUUAUUGGGGUCCUGAACUUAAUUAUGAAUAUUAUGAUGAACAACAGAACUUAAAACCAGCAUUCAAAUUUGCAACUGAUGUUGUACGUUAUUGGAUAGAUGAAUUUCAUUUAGAUGGUAUUCGUUUUGAUGCUGCUAAAGAAAUGGAUAAUUAUGAUAUUCUUCGUGAAUUAGAUAAUGUUGCUCGUUCUGUUCGUGGUUCUCAACCAUUUUAUACUGCUGCUGAAUAUGUUCCAGAAAAUUUGACAAUUGUUAAAGUAAAUGGUGGUCCUGUUGAUGCAUGUUGGUCAUCAUCAUUUCAUGGUGUUAUUGCUAAUAAUCUAGUAGAUAAAAAUAAAUUUGAACUUGAUCUUAUUAAAUAUAUAAUAAGUACACCUGAUUUAAUUAAUUAUUUAUCAUGUCAUGAUAAUGAACGUUUACUUUUUCUACUUGGUAAAGAUGGACAUUUAUUUGAUGAUAAUGCUUUUAUAUGUAUGCGACUUGCUAUGAUUAUUCUUUUUACUUCUGUUGGUGUACCUUUUAUUUUUCAAGGAGAUGAAUUAGGUGAUGCAAGAGAAUGGGGUAGUAAAGAUCAACAUAGAAAAAAAUUUCCUAUGCAAUGGAAUUUAUUAAAAAAUGAUCGAAAUCAUUCUUUAUUUAAUACAUAUAAACAACUUAUAGAAUUAAGAAAAAAACGUGAAGAACUAAAAGAAAAAGUUGUAAAUUUUAUACAUGAAAAUCAGAAUGAUUAUGUUCUUGUUUAUGCAAGAAGUCAAGAAUUAAUUGUUAUAACAUAUUUUUUUCCUGAAGAAAAAAAAGAUUAUGAAAUUAAUAAUAUACCUCAAAAUGGAAAAUGGAUUGAUUGGUUAUCAAAAAAUGAAUAUCAAGUUGAUAAUAAUAUAUUAAAAACAAACUUAGGACCAUUUGAUGGAAGAGUUCUUAUUUUACAAAAAUAG